UCCAAAUCUAAACAAGUAGGGAAGUAGGUAAAUACAAAAUGGAUCUGUGCACUGCUGAUACAAUUUCUCUCAAAGAAGAACAGAAACUAUUUACUAUCGACGAAGCUGAUAUUAAAAAAGAAGUGAUAGAACCUCCCCCUCAAGAAGUCGUAGAAGUUGAACCAAAAGUGUCUGUGAAAGAAGAAUGCCUCACAAACAACAGUUACCUACCUCAAAUGAAAACAGAGCCAAAUCUUGUAUUAAACACCAAGGAGGAAAAUACUCCCAUGCUUCCCAAAUAUGACCCCUUAAAGUGUGGCAUUUGCUCCUCUUCUUUUGAGACUGAAACUCACUUAAGUGAUCACGUGCAGGAACCAGCACAAAAGCGUACAUUUGAGUGUUGUGGCUGCCGUAAAAGGUUCAGAGAUAUGACACAGUUAAAUGUACACUAUCGGAAGCAUACGGGUGAGAAGCCCUACAGUUGUGAUACGUGUGGGAAGCAGUUUUCGAUCAAUGGCAACCUGAGCAAACACAUGCGGACUCACACUGGUGAAAGGAGGUUUUCUUGUGAAGUGUGUGAACGAAAAUUCACUCAGUAUGCACAUUUGGAGGAUCACAUGAAGACACAUUCCUUGGACAGGCCCUUUCUCUGCGAACAGUGCGAUGGGAGCUUCAAGACCAAGUCCAGACUGCGCAAACAUAUUAAGUCCCAUGACCAAACUGUGAAACGUAAGAAUGUAGGUUGCCAAAUCUGUUUCAGAACAUUUUGGAGUGCGAAGCAACUGAUGGUCCACAUGAGUAGGAGGCAUACAAAGACCGACUUACCAUUUCAGUGCAUUGUCUGCGAUAAAAAAUUCAAGGAGUACCAAAACUACCAAUCCCACAUGCGUGUCCAUAGAAAACAUCCAAUUAUGCGCACUUACAAGUGCCACAUGUGCGAGAAGUGCUUCGCGUCUUCCAGCCAUUUAAGCAGGCAUAUUAACUCCCAUGCAGGUAUUAAGCCCUACAUCUGCCAGUUGUGCAUGCGCGCCUUUCCGUGCUCCCAGAACCUGAAACGACACAUGAUGACCCAUACUGGUGAAAAACCGUUCACGUGUGAGACUUGCCAGAAAUCCUUCCUAACUUUGGAGAAUCUAAAUAGGCACACCCGGGUGCACACGGGCGAAAAACCGUACGAGUGCCCGACGUGCGGGCGCCAUUUUGCACACAGCACCACCGUCAAGGAACACAUGAGGCUACACACGGGUGAAAAACCUUUCGGUUGCAGUGUAUGUAAUAAAAGGUUCGGUAUGAACAAGCUACUGUACAGGCACAUACGAAAACAACAUCCGGAAGAGGCGGGUCUUAUUAUUAAAAAGGAAAAUCAUCGUUCCUUUCAUUAUGUCGAUAUUAAAAGUGAGCCCAUCAAGACAGAAUGAACAUUUUUUUUUUAGAAAAUUGAUUGUUAUUGUUAUUUACUGGUCACGGAUUUAAGUUAACAUUGCCUCUAUGCUAAGGUACAUUUGUUAUUAAUUUUGCACAAAGGCACUUUUUUUAUGGACUGUGUUGAUUCUCAAAUGUUUUUUUUUUGUAUUGGUAUGCACCUUUAUAAUAUAUAUAUUA